CACUCACUAUCAUCCAUCCAUCCAUCCAUCCAAACAAACCCUUCAUUCAUAACCAGCUAGCCGACCCACCAUGGAAGUUGUGAAAGAAAUCCCAAUCAGUGGCAAGAACCCAGAAUCCAAAUACAUCCGUGGAGGCAACCAUGACAACCCUUCGCUGCUUCCAUUGAUAGACCUUCCAAUCAUCGACCUUGGCCAGCUCACUGCUCCAUCCCAAGCCACUGAAGAAGCUGAUCAAAAGAUCCGUUCGACUCUCAGCACAUACGGCUGCAUGAUUAUAACAAACCAUGGAGUGGAGAGUUGUCUUGACAAAGUGAGGACGGCGUUCAAGCAAUUCGUCUCGCUGCCAGAAGAAGAGAAGCUGAAAUGGAAGAGGGAAGUUGAUGGUUUUGAAGGGUAUGGGACUGACCCUGUCCCUGGAGAUUUGCUUGUUCGCGAUUGGUCUGCCAGAUUGAGCCUCACUAUUCGUCCAGAGGAGUUCAGACAGUUGAAGUAUUGGCCUGAGAAUCCAGCUGAAUUCAGGGAAGUUGUGGAUGAAUACAGCAGCAAGUUGGUAACAAUCUAUGAAGUCAUCCUGAAGGCACUGGCCAGGUCACUCAACCUGAAAGAAACCACCUUCCUGCACAAGAUGGGAGAGCCAUGGAUAAUGAAUGGAAGAUUCAACUUCUACCCUCCAUGCCCGAGGCCAGAUCUCGUCUUCGGCCUAAAGCCACACUCCGAUUCGACCGUGCUCACGGUUCUCCUGCAGGACAAAGAACUGGGAGGCCUGCAGAUUGAGAAGGACGGCCAGUGGUUCAGAGUUCCCAUCGUUCCAGGCGCCCUUGUCAUCAAUGUUGGGGAGCAGCUAGAGAUACUGAGCAAUGGGGUGUUCAAGAGCUUGUACCACAGGGCAAUGGUGGAUUCAGAAGGGGAGAGAAUCUCCCUGGCUAUGCUUUCUCUUUCAAACCCGGAAGUGAUAGUGGAACCGAUUGAAGAGCUUGUGAAUGAAGAAAGGCCACCAAUGUACAGGAAGGUGAAAUAUGAAGAAACUACCCAUUUCCUGUACUACCAGAGUGGGAGGAGAGUCAUUGAUGAUGCCAGAAUUUGAAGCUCUCUCUUUGAUAAAAGUCUGCAACUUUUCCAACUUGCCCUGAUCCAGUUUUCCGAGUCUGUAAUCUGAAGUUUGUGUUGAAAAUUCCAUUUCCAGGCACAUUGAACAGAGGAAUAGACUUUUUUGAACACAGGGGAAUAGACUAUGAUAACGAAA